AUGACUACCACUUCACUCUAUGACCAGGACGGCGAAUGGUAUUGGGGGAUAGUGAAUACCGAUAAGCACUGGAAAUUCCUGCGGGAUGCUCCGACCAUUACCAAUGAAGCACUUUCCUCAGUUCUCUCGAACGGUAAAGGCGGAGGAGUGCCUACCAAAUUGGUUGCAGCAAGGCCUAGAGACCCUCCCUUGCCACUCCCCACACCUCCGCCGCCCGCUGUGCAACGAUUUGCACAAGCAAUGCAGAAUGGAACCGAUCUAGAACAAGCAAUGCAGACCCUGCUGGACAUUGGCGUUGACACACCCGAGCUGAUUUACCAAGCCACUAUUGAGGAGUCUGUCGAGCUAAUGCUGGGUGACACUGUCCUCGUCAACGCGGCCGAAGAAGGAGCGGCUUGCCUCGAGGACAUCCUGGUGACGUGCGGGACUGACCUCUUGGAGGCCUUGGGACUUCUGGUUAUGACAGUCGCGACUGCGACUACCCUUUCACGCCACCUGCGGCAACCCAAAGAGCGUCGCGGCCCUGUCACCCUAUUCUCCGUGUCAAAGGGAGAGUUUUCUCUUACGUUUACCAACCUGACCGGGGAAGACUGGACCCGUGCAUCGUAUGGCGUGCAAGACGAUAUGACCGACCGUGUGACCACGUUGCCGGAUACGACACUCAAAGGCGCGCACGGAAUGAUGGGAAAACAGAGUCUCCAAUGGCACUACUUCGUGCCGGAUGUUGGCAUGGGCGAGGCGAACGGCUUCGUUGUUUGGCGGUCUCCAGGUGGUGUUAAUCUUGGGGUGAACAUCCAUAUCCCCGUCCAGUCCUGGCAUAUGGGUACCUCGCCUUACUACGAGGUGUCUGUGCCAGACCAAAAAUCUGGGCAGUUCUACCAGGCCAAGGAGCCGGCGGAGAUAUUCACCUGGUCAGGCUCUGGCUAUAAGAUGACUGUUUCACCGCAAGCAGGUGGUACUUCUUUCCAAGCCGACGUCAAGUUCGAGAAGGCCUAG